UUUGAACGAGGAGCCUCUAGUGGCGGAUCGAGAAACAAUUGAUUUGAAAAAAGAUGGAGGAUGUGUUGUUUACACUGGAAAUUCUCUGCUUAUAAUGAACCAUAAGAAGUUCCGUGCUUUGUUAAAAAAAUUUCGCAGAAAAUUUAAGAGACAGGCUUUAGCUAAAUUACGAGAACAAAAAGCACAAAAUGAAAGUUCUGAAGAUGAAAUUGAAGAAAGCAUUAAAUUGGAAGAAGAAGAAAAAGAAAGAGAAAGGCAACAUAUGCUAUGGUUAGAACGUGAAAAAGAAGCACAAGAAUUGUUUGAAAAACAAAAGGAUUUAAGAGAGUUGCAAAAGAAAAGAGAAGAGGAAAUUGUAAACAUUUUUAACAGUUCUAAUUAAAUUAUUAUAUGAAAUAAAUUUUC